AAACAAAAUAAUUUGCUGGAAUUUAUUGCUAAACACUGUUUGUUACAGCAGAGUUUUUUAAAGUUUUUUAUACUUAACCUUAAAAACAGAGUUUUAAACGUUUGUUUUUGUUUAUUUGGCUGUGUCGACCGAAAGAAGAAUUUUAAAAAUAUAAAGAAAAUUUACUUAUUAUACUCAAAUGAGAUGUGAAAACACGAUGAUUUUAAUAAAAUAUAUUUUCUGGUCAGCUUCUUUAUCGUUAGUUCUGUUAUCAAAAUCACAUAAAUCAACUAUUAUAAAUAAACUAUCGCAACAUUCUUUUAAUAAAAAAUCAAAAGUACCAAUAGAGAGCAACGUUGAUGAUAUCAAAGAAUCGACUGACUUUGCUGAAAGAGAAAAAAAAUGGAAGCAAAUUAUGUCGGAAGGAGAAAUGCUUCCCGAGCACGAAAACCUUAUAAAAAACAGUAAAACAGACUAUAAAAAAGGAGAAAUUCCUCAUUUGGAGAAAGUAAUAAUUCCUGAACCUGAAAUGAUGUCAACAGAAAAAAGAGCAAAAAUUGAGUUUCCUCUUUUAAACGUGCCACUCAGAAGAUCAGGAAAUAACGACGAGUUAAAUACAGCCGAUGAAGACAUUGAUGAAUCUGGCUCUGGUUCUGGUGAACUUAAAGUUAUAACCGAAGCUGAAAACCACGUGAUUAAAAAUGAAGCAGGAUAUGAACCAGAAAAAGAAAACACAAAAUCUGGUAAACGACGUGGUAGCAUGAAAUGUGAAAAAAAGUGUUCAGUUCCGCUCGAGUAUCACGAGUGCGCCCAUCCGCGAUGUGACUUUAAAAUUGGCACCAUAAAAGAUCUAUGCUUUUUUUUAUGUAAACAUCAAAAAGAGCGCUGCGAAGAUGUUUGCGUAUCAAUUCAUUAAUAUUUAUAUUAAAAGUUAAAAAUUCAUGGUCAUAGCAAACGCGUGGUCAAAUGUAAAUAUAAUCAGAUUAGCAGCAACAAAUACGUUCGAACAUUAAUUCCUAUUAAGUUCCUAUUCCUACAAAGUAACUUAAUAUUCAGAAUAAAAAAGAUGGUAAUAAAAAAGUAUGUAAUCUUUAAUAAUUUAAAAUUGCUUAGUGUUAAGUUGGACAAAUCGCGCAAAAAGACUCCUGACAAAAGAACAGAGUUUUUUAUCUUAUUUUUAUAUACUAACAACAAUAAUAUACUGCUAAAUUUUUAUUUUUUAAUCAACGAUAUUCGAUUAAAAUACUUUCUUAAUACUUACUCUGUACAUAGUACAUAUUUAAGAGUAAUUACGCUUUUAUACUGAAAAAUAGUUAAUGUGUUUUUA